CCUACACCUACACCUACACCUGCACCUGCACCUGCAGCCACUGCCACACCACAGGUCUGGCCCCACUGCAAUGGAUCCUCUCUCUCCAGACUCUCAGUCUCUCCCUCGUACUCGAGUACCCCCGUAUCGAACUUUCAUCUUCCCCUCAACCUCCUUUGGAUAUGUUUUUGUGAAUCACCAUUAUCACCACCAUCAUGCUGUAAUUCUCUCAUCCCGAAUUCUGCUUUCACCUGCUCUCCAUUCACCCUCCUAUGGCUCGCUCGUUACUGCUCCUUCCACCACGAUCCACCCCCUUUUCCUUUCCUCCCGCCUCACGAAAAUAGUCCGUUGAGCCUCCAGCAUGUCGCCGGCCGCCCUCGAUGUCCGUCAGCUAUUUCGACCUCCCUUCCAGUACUCCCUCUUCAUAAUCACUGCCACGACCCCGAAAGUGCUUCACCUGUAUAGCCAUCUGUCGUCGCUACCACCUUUACUCUAUCUCCUUUAUCUGCCAACCUUCCUAGCUUUGGACCUGUUCAAUGGCGUUGUGUUCUGGGCGUUGGUACAUUUGACUUCGCGGGGCGGUGUUUCGGUACUUCUCACCGUCUUGAGGUGUGCGUUAUGGUAAGCAUGUUCUGCCAAUGGAAUGUGCGCGGUCGCGGUCGCUGACCUGUCUGAAUAGUCUCAUCCUCCUCGGGGCCUCCUCUGCGUGGAUAUCCUUCUUUUUGGAGACGGGCGGUGAGAUAAAAUGGGGCGCGGCCAAAAAUGUUGCGAAGGACCCUGCCGGCUUGAAGGUACUGGCGUCGGGAGGCACGCGAGCAUUGCUGGCCGCAAUUGCCCUGGUCGUGCUCGCUCGAAUCGUUUCACAACCGCUUUAUAAUGGAACCGAGAAUCUUUUUGCCGCGGGGCUCCAUGCUCUGUCAGGAGGAAGAUGGGGAAUACGAAAAUCAUACAACGAGGACAACAGCUCGAAGCUGGACCUCGAGGAAGGCCCGCAAUCCUCCUCAGCAUUCUUGUCGGUUGAGAGCGACCACGAAUACCGUAGUUCCAGCGAUGCUGAUGAGGCAAGAGGCUUCCUUUCGGAAAAGGAAGCCCCACGCCCUUCUUUUUGGUCACGAUGGAUUGCUCGUGCAAAAUUUCUGGUGCCGAUGGGGACGAUUCUAGUUCUGCUCUUAGUGCGCCCAAGACAUUUUCCCUUCGGACACAUGUCGAAUUCCUUGCCAUACACUUUGUAUGGCGUGUUCAACAAGCCAACGGACGAAGCUUGUCUAGGAAGUCUCUCGGGAGAUUUCCCUCCAUUUCCUUUGCCGGACCUGGUGGCCGAGGUUUUGUGGGAGCCUGCAAAGGGAGAGUUUCCUGGGUGGGAACCAAGGGUCAAUCGAACAUUUGAUAAAAGCUUGACACGUCCGCAGUGGCUUCCCACGGAGCCAGUUCAUGGAUUUGAACGUUGGUAUAAUGAAUCGAUGCCAAAAGGAUCCCAUGGAGGUGACGGACCCCCAAAAGCGCAGAAGAACAAAGGUGGAUUUUUCACCAAGGGAAUCAACUAUGAUCCUAUCACAGAUCCUCUUCGAAUCUCUAACCUCGAUCAAGGCGUUCUCAACUCGAUAGCAUUGAAACUCAAAGACCACAAAGUCACUAUCAAACACGUUGUGCUCCUAUCAUUGGAAAGUACCCGAAAAGACGUCUUUCCUCUUGAGAAAGGCUCUCACUUGCAUCAAAUAAUUGAGAAGAGUCACAGUUCAAACUUCACGGCCGCAGAAGCGAAUGUAAAGCUAGCUAAACUGACCAAGAAUGCUGAAACGCUCACGGGUGAAGCAAAUGGCUUUGGCAUUGGGGGUGUGGAAUAUCCCUCGGCAAGAGCUGGAAGUUGGAGAAACCCGAACAAGGGAAGUGGGGGUCUCAAUAUUCAAGGAGCCCUCACUGGGAGCACCACUUCCCUGAAAAGUAUCAUUGGGAGCCACUGUGGUGUGCAUCCUCUUCCAGUUGAUUUCACAGUGGAAGUACGACGCCAGAUAUACCAACCAUGCAUCCCUUCGAUUCUAGAACUCUUCAAUAACAACAAACCACGUGUUGAGAGCCACCCUGGUUCAGCUGCCAAAAGAGACGAUAUGCAAAGCCAGCUCUGGAAACCGGUUUUUGUUCAGGCCAUGACUGACCAGUACGACCACCAAGAUAGACUUCUCGAGCACAUGGGAUUCAAAGAUACGAUAGUUCGAGACACCUUACUCGAUCCCUCCUCUCCUCAUCAGCCCACCGAGAAAGAAGUCAACUACUUCGGGUUUCCAGAGGAUCAAGUCAAGCCAUACAUGCGAGACCUGUUUGAGGCGGCAAAGGAAAAGAACGAGCGUCUUUUUAUGUCACAUUUCACAAGCACUACCCAUCAUCCUUGGGCAUUGCCCGAAGACUUUGGGGAGCUAGUGGAUUAUCUUGAGCCUAAGAAAUGGAGCGAAGGUUCACUUAACAAAUAUCUAAAUGCCGUCAAAUAUGUUGAUGGCUGGAUCGGCGAGAUUAUGGAUCUUCUUGAGGAUGUUGGAGUCGCUGAUGAGACACUUGUGGUCAUGGUAGGAGAUCAUGGGUGGGCUUUUGAAGAAGAUGCUGCAUUCCACGGAAGUUUUGAGAAUGGUCAUAUCUCUAACAUGCGGGUGCCAUUGCUCUUCCAUCACAAUUCGCUCCCUCGUAUACAAUUGCAGGUCAACGCAACUUCCACAUCAAUCCUCCCUACUAUUCUGGAUCUUCUAUCCACCACUUCAUCACUCAAUAAGCAGGAUACCGAUAUUGCCAAGAAUCUUGUACAUCAAUACGAAGGACAAUCUCUAAUUCGUCCUUUUGUUCCCAAAAAAAACGGGCGACAAGCAUGGAACAUUGGUAUAUUGAAUGCUGGUGGAGCUUUAUUGUCUGUAUCUUCGGCUGCUGUACCAUAUCGACUCGUACUUCCGAUAUGCAGAAAUGGUGUCUAUCGCUUCACGGAUGUGCUCCUUGACCCAAAUGAGCUACACCCCAUCGAGGACUAUUCCAUUGAAACCCUUGCUAAGCAACUGAGAAACUUCUACAAGAAUGUAGGAGCAGAUGGUGAAGAAGCCGCUAAAUGGAUUAGUGAUGCGGAAAAGGUCGGCAAAUGGUGGGUGCUUGAGCAAAGGCGAAAAUGGCGUUUUGGAGGCUCGGCCUUGCAGGAAGAUCGGAAAGCGGAGGAAAUGGAGGGGAUGGGGAAGGUGUCCCAGAAGAAGUGGUGGGAGACUUAAUUACGAAUGGAGGAGUAGAAGCAUGGCCUUCAAGAUAUGAUGAUACCCCUUUUUGUUUACGAAGACCAGAUUGGAAUUCGACAUUUGAAUAGAGAUGAAGUUCGGAUGUGGGCGGAACGCGAGACUUUAUUCCUUUCGUAUACAUUGCAGGUGUUCUGGGUAUAUAAUUUUUACGGCGUUGAAAGGGGCAUGGACUGAGUUCAUUAUAAGGGCACUUAUUAUAUAGAAAAGACGGGGCAUUCUUGCAAUACACAUAUUUGUUUAAUCUGAAAAUGUCUGCGGAUAGAACUCGUGAGAAAGUUGUUUUUCCA